AUGGAUGCGGAUCGGCUGGUGGGGCUGGCAGCCAUCCCGGGAUUGGCGUCGAUCGAGGAGACGUCCGACGGAGGCCUGACCAUCGGGGCAGCGGCCAACAUCGCCGACAUUGCUGCGCAUCCGCUUGUUCGCCGCCGCUAUACUGCGCUGGCCGAGGCGGCUGGCGGACUGGCGACGCCGCAGAUCCGCAACGAGGGCACCAUCGGUGGCAACCUGGCCCAGAGGCCGCGCUGCUGGUACUACCGCAGCCCGCUCAUUCCCUGCCUCAAGAAGGGAGGCGAUCGCUGCUACGCCCUCGCCGGCAACACCCGCCUGCUCUGCGUCACCGGCGGCGACCGAUGCUACAUCGUGCACCCCUCAGACACCGCCGUUGCCCUCUCGUCGCUGGACGCACGGCUGGAAAUUGCCGGGCCAAACGGCAGGCGGGAGUUGCCGAUUGGCGAGUUUUUCGCCGGACCGGGGCGCGACCUGCUCCGCGAGAACGUGCUGGAGCCCGGCGAGCUGAUUACCCGCAUCAGCCUGCCCGCCGACGCCCCCGAGCGCAGCGCGUACCUGAAGGUGCGCGAACGGGAGUCGGGCGACUUCGCCCUCGUCAGCGUGGCCACGGCCCUCACGCUGGACGGCGACGGCACAAUCGGCAAGGCCCGCGUCGCGCUCGGUGGCGUCGCUCCCGUCCCCUAUCGCGCCGUUGAGGUGGAGGCGUAUCUCCUGGGUCGCCGCGCAAACGAUGUGGAUUCCACCGAGGCCGCCGCCCUCGCCCUGCCCAACGCCACGCCGCUGCCGCAGAACGGCUACAAGCUCCCCAUGGCCAUCAACAUCGUCAGGCGCGCCUUGGACUCGGUGCUGGGUACUGAUGUUGAACAUCGGAAUUAG